AUGGCCCAUACAAGCUUCAAGAGCAGAGUCGACUCGUUCGCAGAAACCCACGGCGAGCCUCCUACCUCGAAAUCCGGCGGCACAAGCACGAACAGGUGCAGCAUCCUCCGAAGCGCGCCCAUCGACCCCCAGUACUCCUUCGACCUCUUCCACGAGAUCCAACGCGCCUGGUCAACAGAGCUCACUUGCUCCCCGGACCUCAUGAACGCCAACAGCAGUCCACCAUCACCCUGCAAUCCCGCCGCCCACCAACCCCUCCCACCACACACCCCCUCCUCUAACCCCCUCGCCCAACCGCUCUCCCACCACCUCUCCUCCCCCGACUCCCUCUACCACUCCCUCACCUCCCACCCCGUCUCCCCCCAACCCCACUCCCCGCUCUUCUCCCACCUCCCCCCCGAGCUCCGCACCCAAAUCUUCUCCCACCUCCUCACCUACCCCGGCGUCAUCCUCUGCGUCACCUCCGGCGGCCUCCCGCCCCACCCGCCCUACAACCUCCACCCCUCCCUCCUCCGCACCUGCCGCCUCGCCGCCCUCGAAGCGCUGCCGCUCCUCUACGGCGGCCGCAACCGCUUCUCCGUGCCGCACAUCCCGAACCUGCUCCGCUCGCGCGCGGCGCCGCCUUGCUUCGCGCUCUGGCCGCGCACCUUCGCGCUCGUGCGCCGCCUCAACGUCGACGUCCCCGACAAGUUCAUCGACCGCUUCUACCGCGCCCCCGGGUGGAGCGCCGCCCCCGACGGCUUCGAGCGAUACACGGAGAUCGUCGCGGCGGUCGUCGCGCUGGCGGCGCGCGCCGGCAGGCUCGUCCACUUGCAGGUGUCGCUGGUCCGGAAUUGCGCGUUGGAGAGCUACACGUCGUGGGGUCCGUAUUUGGCGCGGGACGCGCCGCUGAUGCGGGCGGUGGAGAGGGACUUUUUGCCGGGCGUGUUGGGGGAUGGUGGUGGUGGUGGCGGCGGAGGGAGGAGGGCGCGGUUCUUGCUGGUGGUGCCGUGUGGGGCGGGGAGUGAGGCGGGGGCCGGCGCCGAGACGCAGAGGGCGUUUGAUGUGUUGAGGCCGGAUGGGCCGGCGGUGGUGCAUGCGGUGGCGAGGAGCUUGGGGGCGCUUCAGAAGACGGCGAGGCUGAAUGGGUUGAGGUUGGAGGAUAGCUUGAGGGUGGUGGUCAGAGAUGGGGACGGGGGUGGGGAGGGGUCGAGAACCGAGAUUUUGGUGGAUGAGGAGUGCCCUUUGGGCAGUGGGGAGGAGAGACAGAUAACGCUGGAAGUGUCAUGUUAG